AGCAGGAGGAGCAGCCGUGGCGAGGAGGAUGAACAGCAUUAAGAACGUGCCGGGCCGGGUGCUGCUGAACCGCAGGCCCGGGCACAGCCUGGAAGCCGAGCGGGACCAGUUCGACAAGACGCAGGCGAUCAGCAUCAGCAAGGCCAUCAAUGCCCAAGAGGCCCCCGUAAAGGAAAAGCAUGCCCGCCGCAUCAUCCUGGGCACCCACCACGAGAAAGGAGCCUUCACCUUCUGGUCGUACGCCAUUGGCCUCCCCCUGCCCAGCAGCUCCAUCCUCAGCUGGAAGUUCUGCCAUGUCCUUCAUAAAGUGCUCCGGGACGGGCAUCCCAAUGUUCUCCAUGAUUGCCAGAGGUAUCGCAGCAAUAUCCGGGAAAUCGGAGACUUGUGGGGGCAUUUGCACGACCGAUAUGGGCAGUUGGUGAAUGUUUAUACCAAGCUGCUGCUGACCAAGAUAACCUUCCACCUCAAGCAUCCUCAAUUCCCCCCAGGCCUGGAGGUAACGGAUGAGGUGCUGGAGAAGGCGGCUGGCACGGAUAUCAACAACAUCUUCCAGCUCACCGUCGAGAUGUUCGACUACAUGGACUGUGAACUGAAACUCUCCGAGUCAGUCUUCCGGCAGCUCAACACCUCCAUCGCCGUGUCCCAGAUGUCUUCGGGCCAGUGCCGCCUGGCACCCCUCAUCCAGGUCAUCCAGGAUUGCAGCCCCCUGUACCACUACACCGUCAAGCUCCUGUUCAAGCUCCAUUCCUCAGGCCUAACAGCCGACACCCUGCAGGGCCACCGGGACCGGUUCCACGAGCAGUUCCACAGCCUCAGAAACUUCUUCCGAAGGGCCUCAGACAUGCUGUACUUCAAGCGGCUCAUCCAGAUCCCCCAUUUACCAGAGAGCCCCCCUAACUUCCUGCGGGCCUCAGCUCUGGCUGAACACAUCAAGCCAGUGGUGGUGAUCCCGGACGAGGCUCCCGAAGAUGAGGAGCCAGAGAACCUCAUUGAGAUCAGCACUGCCCCUGCAGCUGGGGAGCCUCCGGUGGUGGCCGACCUCUUUGAACAAGCCUUCGGGUCCCCCAAUGGCACCGUGAAGGACGACAGAGACCUCCAGAUCGAGAACCUGAAGCGGGAGGUGGAGAUGCUCCGAAACGAACUUGAAAAAAUCAAACUGGAGGCCCAGAGGUACAUCACGCUGCUGAAGGGGCAGGUGAAUGAGCUGGAGACGGAGCUGGAGGAACAGCGCCAGCAGAAGCAGAAGGCCCUGGUGGACAACGAGCAGCUCAGAGACGAACUGGGGCAGCUGAGAAAAGCCAAGCUGGAGGCUGACCAGGCCCAGGGCCUCUACGUGGAGGCCGAGAGGAAGGCCAGUAUCACAGAGGUACGGUACACCAAGCUGAAGGAGAAGCACAGUGAACUCAUCAACACCCACGCUGAGCUCCUCAGGAAGAACGCGGACACGGCCAAGCAACUGAGCGUGACGCAGCAGAGCCAGGAGGAGGUGGCGCGGGUGAAGGAGCAGCUGGCCUUCCAGAUGGAGCAAGUGAAACGCGAAUCGGACAUGAAGCUGGAGGACCAGAGCUACCAGCUGGACCAGCUGAAGCGAGAGCUGGAAGCCAAGGCGGGCGAGCUGGCCCGAGUGCAGGAGACCUUGAGUCACUCAGAGCAGAGCGGGUCGGAGCUGAGCACCCGGCUGGACGCCCUGCGGGCGGAGAAGGACUCCCUGAGCGGCUCCGUGCGGCAGCGAGAGGCCGAGCUGCUUUCGGCCCAAAGCCUCGUCCAGGAGAAGGAGGCCCUGCUGAACCGGGAGCAGGAACGUAACAGCCGCCAGAUCGGGGAGCUACAGGGGAAGUUGGCCGAGAAGCAAUCCCGGGAGCGGGGGCUGCAGCAGCAGAUCUUGGACGGCCAGUUCUCAGUGCUGCAGGGGGCCGUGGCCGAGGCGGAGAGCAUCGUGCGGGACGCGCUGGGCAAGCUGGACGACCCCCUGCACGUGCGCUGCACCUGCUCCCCAGAUUACCUGGUCAGCCGGGCCCAGGUGGCACUGGAGGCUGUGAAUACCUUGGAGAGUGGGCAUGCACAGUACGUGGGGUCCAUGACAGAUGUGAGCGGCCUGGUGGCUGCGCUGGCUCAGUUCUCACACGUGACGGCCGAUGCCAUCGUCAGUGGCAGCGCCACCUCCCACCUGGCCCCCACAGACCAGGCCGACCGGCUGUUGGACACGUGCAGGGAUUGCGGGGCCUGCAGCCUGGACUACCUGGGGGACCUAAAGGACCGGCAGUUGCUGCAGGGCGCGGACCCCAGCCCAAUAAGAAAGGCCCUCCAGGGCAUCCUGCAGCUGGGGCAGGACCUGAGGCCCAAGAGCCUCGACGUGCGGCAGGAGGAGCUCGGCGACAUGGUGGACAAGGAGUUGGCCUCCACGUCGGCCGCCAUCGAAGAUGCCGUGCGGCGGAUCGAGGAAAUGAUGAACCAGGCCCGACAUGCCAGCUCAGGGGUGAAACUGGAGGUCAAUGAGAGGAUCCUGAACUCCUGCACUGACCUAAUGAAGGCAAUCCGGCUCCUGGUGAUGACCUCCACCAGCCUGCAGAAGGAGAUCGUGGAGAGCGGCCGGGGGGCGGCUUCGCAGCAGGAAUUUUAUGCCAAGAACUCGCGCUGGACCGAAGGGCUCAUCUCUGCAUCCAAAGCUGUCGGCUGGGGAGCCACGCAGCUAGUGGAGUCUGCAGACAAGGUGGUGCUGCACACGGGCAAGUACGAGGAGCUCAUCGUCUGCUCCCACGAGAUCGCCGCCAGCACCGCGCAGCUGGUGGCUGCCUCCAAGGUGAAAGCGGACAAGCACAGCAGCAACCUGGGCAAGCUGCAGGAGUGCUCCCGCACCGUCAACGAGAUGGCAGCUAACGUGGUGGCUUCCACUAAGUCGGGCCAGGAGCAGAUUGAAGACAAAGACACCAUGGACUUCUCGGGCAUGUCACUGAUCAAGCUGAAGAAGGAGGAGAUGGAAACGCAGGUGAAAGUGCUGGAGCUGGAGAAGAGGCUGGAGAGUGAGCGGAUGAAGCUGGGGGAACUGCGCAAGAAGCACUACGCGCUGGCGGGUGUGCUGGACCAGCCCCAGGAUGAGGAGCCGAGCCGCCCGGCCCCCUCGCCCCGACGCAGCAUCCUCAAGAAGCCACCCCUGGCCCAGAAGCCCAGCGUGGGCCCCAAGCCCGACUACCAGCUCGACAAGGAUGACGGCGUCUACCAGGCUCAUCUCAUCAACUACUAGGAGCUCCGGGCACGAGAGAGGCGGGGCUGGCGGGCACGGGAAAGUUGGCCUCCACGGAGGGGGGACCCCAAAGCCGGGGCUGGGUUUUAAACGGGCUCUGGGCGGGUGGACCUGAGUCGGGGUUGGGCCAAGGGACCCUUGCCAGGCAGAUCCUGCUGGUGCGCAGUUAUCUCCCGGGGUGGGAUCCCACCUCCGCACCCCAGUUGCUUCCCAGUCGUCAGGUGGGGUGGGAGCCGCUCACGGUACCACCCUGCCAGCCUGCCAGCUUGUCCUGAAAGCAGACGGGCCAAGAGAGGUGCUGGCCCGGGCACCGGUCUGCACUAGAACUCUUCUGAGGGAGGUCGAGGUCACUGUCCACUGGAGCUGGGUCUCUGGGCAACACAAGUCUUUUUAAAACCCACGCGCCAAUCUUUUCUUAACUCCACUCUUCUAUUCAGCUCAGGGGUAAGGAGCUGCUAUAGGGGUACUCCCCCACGUCCCUGACACUGGCUCCACCACUCUGUUUUGUCACAAAAAUUAAACAAUCUUGGCUGCCAGGAUGGGGAGGAGAAA